GCCGCCGCCCGGGCCCUGCGCGCUGCCCCGGAGCGGCCCCCGGCUGCCAGACAUGACCGCCAUCAUCAAAGAGAUCGUCAGCAGGAACAAAAGGCGAUACCAGGAGGAUGGCUUCGACCUGGACCUGACCUAUAUUUAUCCAAACAUAAUUGCUAUGGGCUUCCCUGCGGAGAGGCUUGAAGGGGUGUACCGGAACAACAUUGAUGAUGUAGUAAGGUUUUUGGAUUCAAAGCAUAAAAACCAUUACAAGAUAUACAAUCUAUGUGCUGAAAGACAUUAUGACACCGCCAAAUUUAACUGCAGAGGUUCUGAUGAACUCCUUCUCCCUGCAGUUGCACAGUACCCUUUUGAAGACCAUAACCCACCACAGCUGGAGCUCAUCAAACCUUUUUGUGAAGAUCUUGACCAGUGGCUAAGUGAAGAUGACAAUCAUGUGGCAGCAAUCCACUGUAAAGCUGGAAAGGGACGAACUGGUGUAAUGAUUUGUGCAUAUUUGUUGCAUCGAGGGAAGUUUUUAAGGGCCCAAGAAGCCCUCGAUUUCUAUGGGGAAGUAAGGACCAGAGACAAGAAGGGAGUGACAAUUCCCAGUCAGAGACGCUACGUGUACUACUAUAGCUACCUGUUAAAGAAUCACCUGGAUUAUAGACCAGUGGCGCUGCUGUUCCACAAGAUGAUGUUUGAAACAAUUCCCAUGUUCAGCAGCGGAACUUGCAAUCCUCAGUUUGUGGUGUACCAGCUCAAGGUAAAGAUAUUCACCUCCCCUUCAGGACCCUCACGACGUGAAGACAAGUACAUGUACUUUGAAUUCCCUCAACCUUUGCCGGUAUGCGGUGAUAUCAAAGUGGAAUUUUUCCACAAACAGAACAAGAUGUUGAAAAAGGACAAAAUGUUUCACUUUUGGGUAAAUACAUUCUUCAUAGGACUGGAUGAAAAUUCAGACAAAGUAGAAAAUGGAAGUCUAGUUGCAGAUCAGGAACUUGAUGGUAUUUUCAGUACAGAGCGCUCAGAUAAUGAUAAGGAAUAUUUAAUCCUUACAUUAACAAAAAACGAUCUAGACAAAGCAAAUAAAGAUAAAGCCAACAGAUAUUUCUCUCCAAACUUCAAGGUGAAGCUAUUUUUCACAAAAACAGUAGAAGAGCCAUCAAACCCAGAGGCUAGCAGUUCAACUUCUGUAACACCAGAUGUUAGUGACAAUGAACCUGAUCAUUAUAGAUACUCUGACACCACUGACUCUGAUCCAGAGAAUGAACCUUUUGAUGAAGAUCAGCAUACGCAGAUUACAAAAGUCUGAAUAUUUUUUUUAUCAGAGAUAAAAAAAACAUACAAAAAAACCAACCAUGAAGACAGACAAACUUGAAUAAACUGAAAAAAAGAAAAGGACCUUUCUAAAUGGCAAAAGGACAUAGUGUCAGAUUACCAAUUAUAGGAACAAUUCUUUCCUGACCAAUCUUGUUUUGCCCUAUAAAUCUACAGGGUUUGACACUUGUCCAGUCGGGGGGGUAAAAGAAAGGUUACGUAGCUCUUAUGUAUAUACCUUUUUGUGUCAAAGGACAUUAAAACUUCAAUUAGGAACUAUAAACAUGGCACUUUCCCAUUUUAUUCCAGUUUUAUAAAAGUGGAGACAGACCUAAUGUGUAUGCGUAGGAAUUUUUCCUUUUGUGUUCUGUCACCAAACGAAGUUCCAAAAACCGAAAAAAAAAAAAAAAAAUAUUUACAGGUUCACAUCCUGCCCCUUUUUUUUGCACUUGUGUGGCAACAGGAAAGUCUGCAGUUGGCUAAGAGAUGUUUCUAGAAGGUUUUUCCUACAUUCUAAUGCAUGUUUUUUGGAUGGGGGCUGGAAGGUGAUGCUCGGAAAGGAGCGUGGCCUGUGUACCAUAUCCGGCUGUUCCAUGCACCUUUCCUCAGCAUGCUGCCCUAAUUCAUCCGGGACAAUGGGUGAGGAGUCGCCGCUGUCACUGCUUGUUGUUUGUGCAUUUUUCAUUUUUUUUAAGUGUAAUGGUGCUAGAAAAGGCAGCUAGAGGGAGUGAUUCUGUCCAGGGGUACAGGAAUGAACCUUCACGACACCCACGAGACCUGCGCAAUGAAGGGAGACCAGGAAUUGGGGUCACGAGAAACAAAACAAAAAUAAAAAACAAAAGGAAACACAGCAACAAUGACUUAACCAUACAAAUGUGGAGGCUAUCAACUAAAGUAAGAGCUUGAAACAAAUGGUUACAAAAUUUGACAAUGAUUUAUUGGGAUUUUUUCUGAAUUGUAAUGGCUGCUCCAUCUCCUGUGUAAUCAAGGCCAGUGCUAAAAGUCAGAUGCUCUUAGUGCAAAAACAUCAGUCAACAUCUUACAUUUAUAUUAGUAGUUUUUCAAUCAUAUUCCUGCUGUGAAUACUUCAUGUGCUGCCUUGCAAGCUUUUUGGAUUUUUUUUUUUUCCCUCUCUCAUGAAUAUAAAAAGAUUUUGUAAUGGUGCACAGGAAAUGUCAUUGGAGAUUCUCCAGGUUAGUGUUUGUUUGGAAGAUUUCUGAUGCAUUUAUUCAAUCAAACCUCUGUCAGCCGUUCCACCCCUUUGACCCUACACAUUCUAUUACAAUGAGUUUUGCAGUUUUGCACACUUUUUUUUUUUUUUUUUUU